GCAAGAAAACCACCAGGCAAAUAAGAAUCAUCUGCCGUCGCGCCUCUGAACUGGGUAAUCGGCCAAUAUCCGCGGGAUAAGCCCACUGUGCAUGCAAAACUCGAGCGGAAAGUGUAGUGCUCAAGUGCUCAAAGGAUUCGUGUUCAGUAGCCAAGUUUGUGGAUAGCCGGCGAUUCGAGUGCUCCGAGGUUAAGAUUUUCACUGUUCAGCGCGGCACUUGGAUCGGAUCGUAUUGGAUCGGUUCUGGCCCGGCCUGGACGCCGUCCGAUUUCGUGGAAGCCGUAAAAAGUCUUCGGGGAGUGGGCCGCCAGCAUCCCAGAGCCGAGCACACAGGUCUGAGACUGAGCAUCCUAAUAGCCCGGCGACCACGACGACAUCCAUCAAAGCGUUUUUAUGACGUUCUUGCUUGAAAUUUGAUUAAAAUUCAGCGAUUAACUAAGCAGCAGCCGCGGCAACGGGACGAAAGACAAAACAAAAAACGACUAAAAACUAAAAACAAACAGCCAUCAGCAAAUAAACCAAAAUACUUUACGGAGGCUAAGCGGCCGCGAGCGACUACCGAUCGAAUCGGAUCGUAUCGAAUCACUUUCGGAUUGAAUUGGAUUGGAUUGAAUUGAAUUGUUGAUCACAUUUCAGCCAUGCCGCAUACAGGUCAAGCCGGAGUCAACCAACUGGGUGGAGUGUUUGUGAAUGGGCGUCCCCUUCCGGACUGCGUGCGUCGCAGGAUCGUGGACUUGGCCCUGUGCGGCGUGAGGCCCUGUGAUAUAUCCCGCCAGCUCCUGGUUUCCCAUGGUUGCGUUUCCAAAAUACUGACGCGCUUCUAUGAGACGGGCUCCAUCCGACCCGGUUCCAUCGGCGGGAGCAAGACCAAGCAAGUGGCCACGCCCACCGUGGUCAAGAAGAUCAUCCGGCUGAAGGAGGAGAACAGCGGCAUGUUCGCGUGGGAGAUUCGCGAGCAGCUGCAGCAGCAGCGGGUCUGCGACCCCAGCUCGGUGCCCUCGAUCAGCUCCAUCAACCGGAUUCUGCGCAACAGCGGCUUGUGGACUGACGAGAUGACCUCCAGUCAGCAGAAUGCGGCAGCCGCAGCUGCGGCGGCGGCGGCAGCAGCGGCUCAUCAGGCGGGCAGCGGUCCACCGAAUGGCUAUGGCCCCCAAGCUCCUCCCCCUCCGGUGACCGUGGCCCCGCCCACUCCGGCAGCCACGCCCUCCGUCGCUCGCUAUGCAAAACCGCCGGCGCUGAUGAUGAGUGCCGCCGGCGAGAUGCCCAUCAAACCCGCUCCCAAAAUGCCGCCCACCAUGGGGCAUGGCCACAACCACGGCCUAAAUCCCAGCGUUUCUGGCCUGGAUCUGAGCUACUCCGCUCUGCACAAGCACUGGCUGUGGAAUCCCUCCCUGCUGUACUACACCCAGGCGCACAUUCAGGCCCAGGCGGCCGCUUCGGGUGGCCAGUUCCUGCCCUACGCCGGCGGCUACUUGCCCCAUGCCAUGGCUGCGGCGGCCGCCUCCUCCACAUCGGCCAUGGGUGGCUUCACCAAGUCGGAGAGCUCCAUAGAUCUCUCAACUCCCGGAGCCGCCGGCGAUGCACUCAGCGACUGCGAUUCCGGCAAGUCCUCCCCGGCAGCACUCUCACUAACCGCUUCUGGCGGGGGCAAUGGAGCUGGUUCUGCUCCUGAGGCUUCUCCGGGUUCGACGCUCAGCCACAGUCGCAAGCGGAAUCCCUACUCCAUCGAGGAGCUGCUGAAGAAGCCGGAGAAACGUCUGCGCCUGGACAGCAGUCGACUUGAGUGCCUGGAGUCCAGUUCCAGCUGCGAAAGCAGCCAGGAUAGUCCAGUUCCCCCGCCCCUGGAAGUGCCAGAGGAUGAGGACCCCGCCGAGGGAGAGGACGAGCAGGAGGAGGAGGACUGCAGCGUGGAGGUGGUCAACUGAAUCCCCGGGCUCUUUCCGCUCCACUGACCCACUUUCUGAUCUGUGUAUAUAUAGCUACUUAGUUUAAUCCUAAACGCACCCGAAACCAACACCAUCUUUACCGAAAGUGGAAUACGAAUUAGUUGAAUUUCCAGUGCUGUACGACCUACCCACUGCCUUCUCUCCGAAACUGGAUCUCUGAUAAUGAUGUUUUUGAAGUGAACAAAUCGCUGGACUUAAGUAACCGUGAAACUGUAUUAAUUUAUGUUCCACAAACUAUGAUGGGUUUGAAUAUUGGUGAAGUGGGGUGAUAAUAUAAUAAAAUAUUUA